GCGGCGAAGCUCCAGGUCCGGUCAUCACGUCGGUGAAAUCGGGAUGAUGAUCCCGGGUGGCUUCUGGGCUGCCUUGAGCGGGCCGAGGAGGAGGUGGCUACGCGGCCUGUAAAGACCAGCUUCCAGAGCGAGGCGCCUCCCCUUGCCGCUCCCUGAGAGGGUUGAGCGUGCUUCAGCCUCCUUCUCUUCAGCCGUCAGCCAUCUGAAAAUUAUGUGGAAAUGGGGGAGUGGAGAUGAUUCAGCCUCUAAAUCUGGACUUCACAACAGCUCUCAUGCAGCAAACAUGUCAGUAGCUGAUUUGACUGAACAGCUGGCCCAAACUGAACAGCUGGUAGCACAACUCAAGGAACUCGUCAAAGAAAAGGAUAAUGAGUUACACAGCAAAGAGCAACAGUUAAAGGAUGAAAAAGAAGCUGCUGAGACCAAGAUUUCAAAAAUAAAGCUGCAAAACAAGGCCAAAGUAACAUCUUUAACUGCACAAUUGGAGGAACUUAAGAAACAAUUACCAGGAACUAAAGUGCAAGAAGGAAAACCUGAGCAAAAGAAAGGCUGUAGAGAUGGCGAUCAGGAUAAUGCUGCUGCAAGUCGUGGAAAAAUAUUGGUACUUAAAAAGAAAGUUGAAGAAUUAGAAACACAGAAUAGCCAAAGAAAUGAAGAGCUACAGAAAAAGAUUGCUGAGUUAGAUGCUGCAUAUCAGCGGGGGGCUGAAAUGGAUUCCAUGCUUGCAGAGAAGCAAAAAAAAUUAGCUGAAAAAGAAGCCUACAUAAUUGAUUUACAGCUAGCCUGUGGAUCAGCUAAUGAUGCCAAAGAAGUACUAAUACUUAACAAUGAAUUAAAGAAUCAGCUUUCAGCAAAAGAGGCUUCAUUGCAGAGUAUGCAAAUCCUAGUACAGAACCUUACCAAGAAAGUUGGAGACAGUGAAGAAAGAUGUAGCCUCCUUGAAGAACAAAUUGAAAAUCUUAAAAGCCUUCAGAAUAAAGAGAGGGAGCACUUCCAGGAAAGAGAAGCCAUGUACACACAAAAUAUCCGUAUGUUUCAGAAUAUUAUCCAGGAAAAGGAAAAAGAACUUAUAGACUUGGCCCAAAAACAUGAGCAAGAACUCUUUAAAGUGGCAGCAAAAUCUGAUGCUAGUGCUGAUCUAGAACAGUUACUGAAAGCCUUGAAACAGAAGCUACAUGAAAAGGAGGAAGUGAUGCUAGGAAGGACACAGGUAAUAGACAUGUUGCAGCGUGAACUGGAUGGCAAAGACCAGCAGCUUAAAGAACUUAAUGAGCACCUGAGCCACCUUCAGUCAGAGAAAGAGAAUCUUCAGUCCAAACUGAAUGCUGAAAAACAUGUAAUGCGAGCCCAGCUGAAAGACAUGAUGGAGAAACAUGAGCAUGAAAUUAAAAAAAUCAGAGAGAAGCAUAAUGUUGACAUGCAGGAGAUUCAGGAGAAGCAUGAAACAGAGCUACAGGAAAAAGACCAAACUCUGCUUCAGCUUCAGAAACAAUUAGACAAAUUAACUUUCAGUGGACAAAGUAGUUUGGACCAAGCUGUUGAUAUAGAUGCUACAAUUAAACAAAAACUGGAACACCUAGAAGCUUUAGCAAAACUGAAAACAGAAGAGGCCAGCAAAUCUGAAGCAAGGUUCCUUAAGAUGAAAGCGUGGUCUAAAUCCAGAAUCAAACAGCUAGAAGAUGAGCUAAAAAAUUUUUCAUCAAUGAAUACCAAUGUAACUGCCUUACAUGAGCAGAUUUCAAAAUUAGAACAAGAAAAAGAAGACCUGCAAUCAACACUACAGGCAUUUUCUGAACUUAAAUCUCAAAAUGAAGAAUUACUGGCUAAAUUGGAAGUUUAUGAAGAACAGCAGAGAAAAUUGCAGGCAGACCUUGAACAAGUUACAAAGAGGGCGGCUUCACAGGCUAGUGAAUCAGGCAGCAUGGAUGAACUACAGAGUCGGCUUUUGGAAUGGCAAGAAAUUGUAACUGAAUCUGAGGAAGCACACAAUCAAGUAAGAGAGGAAAAAACUUCUAUAGCUCUAAGAAUGGCACAAAUUGAAGAGGAGAGAGAAGGACUGAUUGAGGAUGACUGGUUCUUUCCUGGCUGCUCUGAUCCAGCCAUAGUCUCAGGGCAGCAGGAGCUGGAGGAGGAACUGACCACAGGUCACAGGACUGGCAGGAUGCAGCCAGAAAGAAGGAAGACUGCCCAGACCAGUAGGAAACUACAGGGAGAUUAUGGCUUCGAUGAAAAACAGUGCUAUGAAGAGCUGAAUGUCACUUUGGAUAGCACUGAUUCAGCUGAAGGAGAGAAUAUGGGAGGCUUACGUACUGUAGUGGAGGAAUUAGAGUUGGAAAGAAAUCAGUUGCAAGAACAAAUUCUCUUCUUGGAGGAUCGCUGUCGGGACCUGGAAGAUCGAUUGCAGCUGCAAGGCAGAAUGGAAGCUCUACAGGUGGCUUUUGGUGUAGAGGAAGAAGGGCAACUAUUGAGGGCUGUACAGAAUGAAACUGACCGUUUGCAAUCCCAGCUUACACAGUUACGUAGCCAGCAAGCACGAGAUGUGGAAAAACACCAAGUUCUUGUUUCCAAUUUGAAUGAACAACUUAAAGGAUUAAAUGAAAGAAACAGCUUGCUUGAAACUUUGCUUGUGGAGAAAGAGCAGAAGCUUUCAAGUGCAGCAGAAAAGUUAGAGCAAAUAGAAGACAUGAGAAAUUCACUUCAAGAGAGAGACCUUUUAAACAAAGAACUUGGUGAAAAGCUUUUGCAAACUGAACAAAAGUUGGAAGAUACCUUGAAUAAGUGCAGUUUGUAUGGAGCAGAGUGUGCAGAACAAAAAACUGUUAUCAGUGAUCUAACAGAGAAAGUGGUUGCUUUUAAAGAAAAGACUGUGAAGCAGGAUAGUGCCAUAGAAUUAAUGCGACUGGAUCUUGACCAGACAAAUGAAGAACUUGACAGAUUGAACACAAGCCAUUUAGAAGACAGAUCUCAACUCAUUCAAGAUUUGCAGAAACGGGAAAGAGAAAUUGACAACCUUAAAGAAGUUUUAACUGAGAAAGAUAAAGAACUUUCUGCUCUUUCCUCUGGUAUGACCGAGUAUUCUGACCAGAUUAAUAUUCUGAAACACCAGAUCAAGUGCAAAGAAAACGAAAUACGAGAAAUGGAAGAAGCACUGUCCAAGGCUGAAAGGGAAGCCCAGUUGCUGAAAGAUGUGCAAACCGCAGAUGUGAAAGAUGCAAGCACAAAGCUUUCUAAACUUUCUGAGCAAUUAAGUACAAUAGAAUCAGAGCUGUCAAAGGUGAAAAUUGAAAAUGAAGCUAAAACCAAAGAAAAUAAGGAAUUGGUUAGUCAAAUCAAAGAAGCCAGCAAAAGAAUGAAAGAACUUCAUUCUGAAAAGAAGACCCAUGAUGUUACCCACAACAAUAAACUGAUGGAAUGUGAGUCACAAAUUAAGCUGCUUAAGGAACAAGUAAUUAGAUCAACUGAAAAGUUGCAAGAAACAGAGACAAAAUGUAGAGAGGAAAGAGAACAUCUCAGAUCCCAGCUGGCUGAACAUAUGUCUUCAAAGGAGAAACUGAACAUUUUGCUGAAAGAGAAAGAGGACAAAGAACAAAUGCUUGUGAAUGAACUGAAAUCAGUGAAAGACUUAAACAAUCAGCUAACUGUAGAAAAUGCUAAAAAGAAUGAAGAGUUGUCUAAUUUAUCUAGACAGGUUUCUGAACAAUCCGAGCAUCUAGAAAUUGCCAAGAAAUCUUUACAAGAAAAAAAAGAGAUCAUAAUAUCAUUAAAAGACAAGCUUCAAGUUGUUGAGCAGCAGAGUGAGAAAGAGAAGUCCAAAUUACUUAGUGAACUGGAUGAUAAGGAAAUGCAGUGGAAAGAAGUUAAUAACAUGUUACAAGAAAAAAUUGAAAUAAUUAAUAAGUUUGAAACAGAAACACAAAACAACAUUAUAACUAAUAAACAACUGCAAAUAGCUCAUGAGCAAAAAGAAAAAGAUUUUGUAAGUCAGCUUAAAGUUAGUGAAGAUCUUAGAAGUGAGGUAUAUACCAUGGAAAAAGAAAAGCAACAGCUAAUUAGUGAGAAUGAGAGUUUGUCCAAAUUAUUGGAUGUGAAAGAGUGUGAACUCUUGAAGCGUGUUCAGUUUAUUUCAGAGUUGGAGAGUACAUUAUCUGCCAGGGCCACGGAACACCAGAAACUGCUUUCUGAAGUCAACCAUGAUAAAGAAACUUUAAGAAACAAAGUUCAAGAACUCUCAGACCUUCUAAGGCAAAAAGAUACUUCAGUCUCAGAGCUGUUGCAAGAAAAAGAAAAGGAGUGUAGUGUUUUAGCAUAUGAACUCUCCCAAACCAGAGAAAUGACCAAACAGUUACAGGAAGAAGUAAAAUCAUUCAGCACUCUGCUGAAGGAUGCAAAAGAGAAAGAGCUAGAAAAAGAUGUAAUAUUAAGUCGAAAGGAAUCAGAUUAUAGCAAAAUGGUCCAACAGCUUAGGCAGGAAGAAGAAAAAAUACUGUCACUACAGAAACAAGUUCAAGAUGUAGAAAUGGAGCUUAAAGUAAAACACAAGUCUCUAGAAGAAAAAAGCAGUCAUACUGAUACUUUACUUAAGCAGCUAGAGGAAAAGCAAAUUAAUAUGACAGUGUUAGAGAAAGAGCUAGAAAGGCUUCAAGGUGAUGGCAUACGGUUGUCUAAUCAGGUUGAAGAAAAAGACUCUGUUCUGUUAUCACAAGGGCUAGAGCUUGAGGAUCUUCGCAGGCAGAUUUCCAAGAAAAGGGAAGAGUGUGAAGUCCUAAAUGAACAGCUUGUACGAUUCGGCAAAGAAAUGGAUGUUUUGAAAUGUGAAAAAGACAAUGCUUUGACUAUUUGCAAUGCAAAAUCUAGUGAAUGUGAUGCUCUUCAGCAUGAGUUAACAAAAUAUCAGUGUGAAAUUGUGUCCAUGAAAGAUGAAGCUCAUAUGUUGAAAUCAGAAAAUGAAAAAUUGAAAACAGAUAUUGAAACAAUCAAUGCUACAUUAAUGAAAAAGUGUGAAGGAAUCACUCCCUUAAAUGCACAAUUGUCUCAGCAAGCUAAUAGUAGCUUAGCCUUUAUAGACCAAAUUGAUCUCUUAGUCAAUGAAAUAAAAACUUUAAACAGGAGUUUUCAUGAUAAAGAGGCUGUCCUUUUGCAAAGGGAAACGUUGUUUCAACAAAUGAAAGAAAGCAAAGAUGCAGGUGAAAAGCAGUAUUUGCAGAUGAUUUCAGAUUUGCAAUGCCAAGUACAGACUCUAGGUUUUGAAGCUGGCCAACUUAGGCAGGAAGUUCAAGAAAAAGAAAAUGAAAUCAAGAAGCAAGCCCAAGACUUAAAAUUGCUUAAAGAUAAAUCUGAGGAAUCUGAUUUGCUUAGAGUUCAGCUGUCUGAGAAUAUGGAAAUAAUUUCUGACCUUCAGUGUCAGCUUAAAAAUAUGACAGCAAAGACUGAAGAAUUAAGUAAAUCUAUUACACAGAAAGAUAUAUUUUUAAAACAAAAGGAGGAGGAAUAUGAUAAUUUGCAAGCACAUAUUUCUGACACUUCUUGUUUGCAGCAGAAGCAUGUAGAGCUGCUGACUUCUGAAGUAGAAAAGUUGAAAGGAAUUGUUUCUGAAAAGGAGAUGAUGAUGAAUAAUGCCUCAUUGCUUAAUAGUAAAUUGAAGGCUGAACUUGUAGACACAGAAACUGAAUGUGAGUGUUUGAGAAAACAAGCUACAGAUGUAGAAGAAUUAAACUUAAGUCUAAAAAAGGAAAUUACUGAUCAGAAGAAAUUAAUAAAUGAAAUUAGAUGUACACUGACAGAAAAAGAGGUUUCUCUUUUGGAUAAUACCAACCUUGUGAAAAAACUGACAGAGGAAUUGAAAAGAAAUGAAGAAAAGUUGCAAUUAGUCUCUCAGCUUCAGGGUCAAAUUCAUGAACUGACCCAAGAAAUUCAAAACUUAAAAAAACUAGCACAGGAAAAAGAGAAUGCUUUUUUGUCUUUGCAGGACCAAUUUGCAGCUCAGUAUGAACAAAGAAAUGAACUCAGAGCUACUCUGAGUAAAAAGGAAGAGUAUAUUACAGAAUUACUUAGUUCGUUAGAUAAGAAAGGUGUCAAUGUCCAAUUAGCAGAAAGCAGUGUUCAGGCUCUUACUAAUGAGAUUGAUCUAAUUAGAGAAGAACUAAAAAAAAGCACUGCCACGGUAAAGAUACUGUCACAAGAGAAGGAGGAAAGCAUUGCCGAUAGCCAGAAGAAAAUUGACUUUUUGACAGUUGAACUGGAAUCUGCAAAAUUAGAGUACCAGAAAAUGCUGGAACAAGUUGAAAUAUGGAAACAAAAUGUUCAAGAGAGAGAGAUUGCACUACAGGUUGAACAACAGAAAUGCAUUGAUCAGGCUAAACAGAUCGAAUAUUUAAAUUCUGAGCUUAGUGUAAUAAGAUGUAAAUCCUCUCAAGAAUGCCAAAACUACAUACUUUCAAUAGAAAAAUUGCAACAACAGGUGGAUUCUUUAAUUAAGGAUAAAACACUUUUACAGGGGAAUUUUGAUAGGAUGAGUAUAGAAAACAAAGAGCUGGUUAAGUAUCAGAACCAAUUACAGCAGAAAUCAAAAGAGCUACAGGAGCUUCAUGAAAAAUUAGAAAGCAGUGAGAAUGAAUCGCGAACACACCUACAUGCCGUCACUUUGCAGCUGGAAAAUGAGAGAGAGCAGUUGCAGAUGCAGGUUAGUGUAAAAAGUGAAGAAAUUAGUGAAUUAAAGUUUAAGGUUGAAAAAUUAGAACAAAGUCUUAUUGAAUCAGAAAACAGAUGGGUGACAGAACAUAAUAGGGCAUCUCAGCAAAGUGAAAUUAACCUUGAGCAACUGAGUUAUUUGGAAAGGGAAGUAAAAACAAAAGAGGCUCAGAUUCAAUCUUUGCAGCAAGAACAGGCCAAUAUUAAAAAAGAGCUGUCCAGACAACUGUGUAUGUUAUCAAGUAGCAGAAAUGUCAUUAAGGGCAAUGAUAGUGAUGCUGGUCAGCAAGUAAUUAAAAGUGAAUUGGAAAAAUUAUCUACUCUAAUAGAUAGCAUUCUCAGUAAAGAAGCAGAAGCAAUGGCAUUGCAGCAUGCCUUUUUAGAGAGAGAGGAAGAAAUAAAUCACUUGAAUAAUCAGCUGGAAAGUAUGUGGUCCUUGCAGCAAGAAAAAGAGCUGAUACAAAGUGACUUUGCAAAGGUUAAAGCUGCUCACCAAACUGAGAUUGAAUAUUUGUCCAAUGAACUGAGUGCUGCUAAGAAGGCAUUAUGUAAGCAGCUCUCAGUUUGUGAAGAAAAGGGCAUUGCAUUAACAGACAUGAAGAAACAGGUUACUUUGCUUCAGGAAAAGAACAAUUUAUUAGAAAAGGAACUUGAAAGUAGCUGCAAGACAUUAAAUGCCAAAUGUCAGAAAGAAACAAUACUUUUAGAAGAACUAGAGAACAAAAGCCAUAUGAUAGAAAACCUGAUUUCUCAAGCUAACCAACAGAAGGAUUUAAUUACUACUUUAAAUCAGCAAUUAAAAGAAAAAGAUUGCUCAGUUACACAAAUCAUGGAAUCUAUGUCUAAAGAAAUGGUAAAAUUUUCUGAGGAAAAAAAUGUACUUACCAUUAAACUGCAGCAACUUGAAGCCAUUCGGAAUAACAUGACAAAAGAGACAAAUAUAUUAUCACAGCAGGUGGAAGAAUUUAAGAAAGAACUUGAACUUGGUCAGAUAUUGUUGACAGACAAAGAAACUACAAUUAAAGAGUUACUGAAUGAGAAGUUACAGAUAAAUGUUACUUUGGAAAAGCUAAGUCAGGAAAAAGAAAAUCUGAAAAAGAAGCUUCAGGCGGCUCUGAUAAUAAGGAAGGACUUAAUGCAAAAGAUUGGGAAACUUGAAAAGGACAGGCAAGAAUAUACAGAAAAAGAAUGUAAAAAAACACAAGAUUUAAUGAAACAAAUUGAUGACUUAACAAAGCAAUUUAAAAAUGCCGAAGCUCUCAACAAAAAUCUUGAAUCCCAACUCGAAGGACUGAAGGAACAAAUGUUAGAAAAUAAUGUAAAUAUAAAUGACACGGGUGAAAUGUUGUCAACCAAGUCAACAUGCUUGGAACAGCUACAGAAGGAUGUUACAGAACUGAAAGAUAAUAAUGAGCAAAAAAACUUAGCUAAGAAGGAUCAGAAGGAUCCACCACUUGCCCAUAUGCAAUUUGCAUUAAUUGAGAAGGAGAAAAUUUAUGGAGAGGAAUGUUCUCAGCAUUUCUUUACCACAGAAAAUCUUAAAGCUGAAGAAGCAAAGAGAGAAGAAACAUUAAAGGAAAUGAAUGUGUCAGAAGCUGAAAGCUGCAGUGGCAACACACAUCUCUCUAGUGGAAUUAAUCAAUUGCAAAAAGAGAAAGAAACUCUUCAAAGGAAACUUCAGCAAUUGGUUGUAGCCCAUAAAGAAAGCUCUGAAACAACUCAGGAACAAGGGGACGAUCAUGCUAUACUAUUAGCAAAUUUUGAGCAACUAACAAAAGACUUUGUGUUAAUGAAAAAGGACCACAAAGCACUCCAGGCAAUUCAUCAAAAAAAGUGUGAAGAAUUUGACUCCAAUCUGUUGCUGUUGUGUUCUUUGCAGAAAAAGAUGGCAUCUCCUGCAGAUCACCAUCACAGUGAAAAUGCCAAGCAGAAAACACUGGAGGCACAGGAGCUAAACAAGAAAGCUUAUGCUGUCACAGAAGAAUCAGAAAACAGGAUGAACAAGAUGGAGGCUGAGAUAGUGAAAUUCUAUAAUAGCUACAUUAAACUUAUUGAAUUAAAUGAAAACUGUAAGGAAGAAUUAAAACAAAAGUCACUUGAACUUGAUAGGAAGGAACAAGAGAUAAUAAAUCUGAAAAUUUCAAUUGAAGAACUGAAACAGCAGUUUAAACAAGAUGAAGACAAUAUGCUAAUUAAGAGAGGUCAGCUUCAGCAACAGGUAGAAACUUAUGAAAAUGAAUUGAUACAUGUUAAAGCUAUGAUUGAAAGUAUGGAUAAUGAAAAGAAUAUUCUCCAUAAAAGAAUGGAAGAUGAUCACUUGUUCAGUGUGCAAGAAAUUGAAAAUUUGAAGCGUGAUGUUCAACAAGCCAACACACAAAUUUCAGAGAAGGAUAAUGAGAUCAAACAUUUACACCAUUCUCUUAAGGAUCUCAAGGGCAGAUUUGAUCAUAGAAAGGAAAUAAUGAAAGAAGUCUCUCAAUUACAAGAAAAUUUAUAUGAAAGCCAAGAGGAAGCAAAGCAUUUUAAAACCGUAUUUGAACAAAUGAGGCAAGAGAGGGAAGAGUUUAUAAGCAAUCUGGAGAAAUCAAAUAUAGAAUUAGUUAGUAUGAAAGAGGAGCUGAGACAUGCAAGUGAAGAAAACAAGGAACUAUUGAUGGAGCUAAAUACACUGCGUGAGAAGUUUUUACCAGUUUCUAAUCUAGGCAGAAAUGUGGCAGUAUCUGUAAAAGAUAAAGGGGAGAACACAGAAAUUAAAUGGCUGCAAUCAGAUAAUGUGGCUCAGAACAGAAUUCAGGACCCAGAUAACUCUAUUCCAUUGUUAGAUGUCACUCAGACAGAAAAAAUGGUAUUAACAAGGAGAACAGAUGAUCAAGAUCAGUCACCAGCUGAAAUGAUUCUGGGACAGAUGGGGAAAAAUGGAGGGAACCCUCAUUCCCAAAAGCAGAAAUGUGACGCUGAAGAAAAAAGCAAGGAACGUCUCCAGAGAAAGCUCCAAGCUGCUUUAAUAUCACGUAAAGAAGCUCUUAAAGAAAAUAAAAUCCUGAAAGAGCAAAUGGAAUUACUUACACUAGAAAACAAAGAAUUAAUUGAUAAGGCUCAUAUACUAGGACUCCAGGUGACUGAGCUGAGCAGAAGAAAACAAGAUUUGAAUACUACACUGUAUGAAGAGCAAACACUGGCAAAGGAAAAUGCUAGAUUGUUAACUGAAAAUGAAAACCUAACAGCUGCCUGUGAAAGCCUGAAGUCUACAAUGGAGACUAUAGCUCAGGAGAAGGAAGCCUUUUCUUUUCAGUUGAACUCAUUAAGAGAUUCUCAAACAGUUGAAUUAGCAGGUUGGAAAGCAAAGCACAAUGAAUUAAAGCAGGAAUAUGAGUCACUACUUCAGUCCUAUGAAAAUAUCAGUAGUAAAAUAGCAGAAAUGAGGCAAGUUAUUGAUGUCACUAGAAAAGAAAAGCAAGAAGCUCUUCAUAGACUAAAUGAAAGAGAAUCUGAUAAACAGGAAUUUCAGAAGUUACUUCAAAAAGCAACUGAGGAAAACACAGAAGUGAAAGAACAGUUGAAACAGAUAAUUGAAUCUAAAGAGAAUGAAAUCAGUACGUUGCAGAUUAAAGCAGAAAAGCAGGCAACUGAGCAUGAACUGUGCUUGAAAGACUAUCAAAAAGAUGUUGAUGAAUUUGUUCUUCAGAACAGACAACUAACAGAGGAAAAUAAGCAAUUGAAAGAACGUUUUGACACUUUAACACAGACCCUAGAGAAAACUCAGAAGGAAAAGGAGAGCCUUUCUCAAUAUGUCAGUUCAAUAAAAUUGGCCCUGAGGGACCUUCAGAUGCAGUUUGAUUCGAACAAGUUUAAUGUGCAGCUCACAAACAGUGAUUUGGUCAGUGAGACUGAUACAUUAUUAAAAGACAUCCAUUUGUUAAAUGAAGCAAUCUCAGAAAAAGAGAGAAAUGCACUGAUUCUAAAGCAAGAGAACAAAAGUAUGUCAGUAAGAUUAAAAGAUACUGAAGAAUCUCUGUAUCAGAAACAAAGCUCUUUAUCAAAAUUAGAAAACUAUUGUAAAAGUCUUAAUCAAGAAGUAGCAAGCCUGGGUGAAAAAAUUAAGAUAUUAGAAGAUGACAAAUGUCUUUUACAGGAAGAAUUAGAAAAUGUUCAAGAAAUAUCUUACAAAGUGAAAAAUGAAAAAGAAUGUUUGGAGACAGAGCUGCUCAGUCACAUUAAAAAAUUGGAUGAAGCAACAGAGGGAUUGAAAGCCAAACAGUUACAAAUCAACUUGCUCUCACAACAGUUGCAAGAUUUAAAAGAAGAGAAAUGCAACACAAUUAGAGAAAAGGAAGAACAGCAGCUGCAUCUUGUCAAAGUACUUGAAGAAAAAGUGAAAUCUGCUCAGAGAGACAAUCAUGGAACAAAAAACAAAACAAAAGAAUUGCAAGAACUUUUAAAGGAAAAACAGCAAGAGAUCAAUCAGUUGCAAAAUAAUUCUAUUAAAUAUCAAGAAAUAAUUUUGGACUUAGAAAAAACUAUGAAAUUGUCACAAUCCAAAAGUGAAAGAUUAGAGAAAGAUUUGAACAGCACAGAAAGAAAGCUUACCAAAUCAAAUGAAGAGAUGCAGAGAAAGUUGUCUUUACAGAAAACUUUACUGGAUGAGUGCAGGACUGAAAGAGAUCACUUAGCAAAUGAGAACUUAAAUAUUAAAAAGGAACUUAAGAAGAAAGAAAAUCAAAUAUUAAUUAAAGAGAGAGAAUUUGAGAGCCAACUGGAGGCCAGUCUUCAGCAGCUAAAUGCAACUUGCCGAAAAGAAUUGUUAAAUUUCGAAGAAAAAUACAGCGUCCUUCAAAGAGAGAAGGAAAGAAUCCUUGGUGAAUAUCAUCAGUUGCAAAAAGAAAUUGGCAUUAAGGACAUUCAGAAUAAGACCCUUCAGUCUGAGCUGGAUGAUGCCUUAGCCAGAUUGGCAGCUUUUGCCAAGUGCAUGUCUUCCCUUCAAAAUGACAGGGACAGAGUCAUUGAUGGAAUGAAAAAUUGGGAAAUACAGUUCAAAGAAGUUAUUGACAACAAACAACAACAGAUAGAUGCCAAUAGAGUAAUAAUAUCAUCCCUACAAGAAGAAAUAAAGAGUAAAAUGUUCCGAAUUCAAGAACUAGAAUGCAGAAGUUCUGUGCUGGAAGAUGCAAAGAAUGCAGACUCACACAAUUUCAGUGAACUUUCUCAAAUAAAGGAAGAAAAUGUUACUCUACAGAACAGACAGCAUGAACUGGCAGCCGCUUUGCAGUCAAAAGAAGGUUUGUUGCAGAAACUGAUGAAAGAAAAAGAGUCUUUUAACCAUCUCAUAAACAGUAAUGCUUUAGAAAAAGAGAGAGAAGCAUUUAAUUUGACAAGAAAAGAAGAGAAAAUUAAACAGCUUCUGUUGGAAAAUAAUGAGCUCCAAGCUGAAUUGGAAAAACAGAUUGCCAUUUCUAACCAAAUGAAGUCAAUGCUGAAUAAGAAAGAUACAGAAAUCUCUCUUCUAAUUUCAUCAAAAGAUACAGAAAUUUCUGAAUAUCUUGCUCUAAUACAAACUCAGCAUAGACAGCAGGUUUCAGAAUAUGAUCAGCAGAUAAAAACUCUGCAGGUGGCCAAAGAACAAUCUGAUGAAGCCUGUCAAAGGAUGAAGGAUGAGUUGAAAAAUCUUCACGCAAAAGCUGAGAAAGCAGUUCAAGACAAGGUUGAAAUUGCCAGUGAAAUUGAUGCCUUUAAAAAGGCAAUGUCAUCUCUUCAAAAUGACAGGGAUUCCUUGCUUUCUAAACAUAAAAAGCUAGAAUGUGAGCACAGACUUGCUUUAUGCGAGAAAGAAACACUUGCAAUGGACAGUGCAAAUCAAAACAGAAUACUGAAACAAGAAUUAAGGAAGUUCUUAAAUCAGAUAGAUGACCUUCAUUCUGAAAAUGCAAUGCUCACAGCUCAACUCAUAAAGUAUAGGGAAGAUCUGAACCAGGUUUUAUCACUAAAGGAUAAUCAGUUGAAAGAAUUGCUUACACAAAAACUGGAAAGCAUCAAGAAUCUUGAACAGGAAAAACUUGAACUUCAGAAAAAAUUGAAAGACAUACAGCUGACAGUGAAAGCUGAUGAGGAGAACAUAGAAUCUUUAAGACUGGAGAAUGCAAAGCUAACAUCAAAAACUUAUGAUUUAGAGAUUCUGAUUGCUUCUAUAAACAAGGAGAGGUUAAUUUCUGAAUCUAGAGAGAAAUCUUCAAAUCUAGAACGAAAUAGACUUGAUCAGACAAAAGAACUUGCUGUUGACCAGCAGGUUGAAGAACAGAUUGAGAAACAAGUACAAGAAUUCCAGCAAAUGAUUGGCAAAAACACAAAAGAUUCAGGACAGGAUGCCAAGUUACUGGAGGAUGAAGCAACUAAAUCACCUCAAAAGAAGCUGUUUGAAGUUCAGUUUCAGAACAGAGAACUAAGAUCUCAAAUUGAAUCUUUUGGAAAAGCCAUGACAGCUCUGCAAGAAGAUAGAAAUAGGUUAAUUGAGGAUUUCAGGGUACUUCAGAAUAACUAUACUUCUGAACUCAGGUCUGAAAAAAGAAGAGCAGACAAACUGGAAACUGAACUAGAUCUCUUCAAAUCAAAUGUUCUCAGUGUACUCAAAGAAAAUGCCCUUUUGACUCAGGCAUCGCUGGAAGUGAAAGGCAAAAUCACUUUCAACCAGCUUACUGAUGAACUUGAAAAGCUAUGCAAGCUUUUAGAUACCCGAAACCUUGAAAUUAGCAGACUGUCAUCUGAGUGUGAGAAUUAUGCUCAACAGAUGGAUGCCUUUUCUAAGGCUAUGGCCAGUCUUCAAGAUGACAGAGACAGACUUCUGCAGGAAUUCUGCAAGCUGCAAGUAUUUCAUGAAGCUAAUCAGGGCACAAGCUCAAUUUCCGUACCCUCUGACUACAUCAGUGAGAUUAGUUCUCUUAAGCAUAAUUUGGAGACUCUUCCAAAGGAUAGGGAUAGACUGGCUAAGGAAAGUGCUAAUCUUGCAACAGCUGAGUUAUCAAAACUAAAAGCCAAAGUGAAUGACCUCAAAAGAGACUUGAACCAGACAAAAGCUUUCCAUGAAGAGGCUGAGAAAGAAAGAGUUUCAUUACAGACUGAACUAAGUAGAUUGCGCAUGGAAAAAAAUCUUCUGCUGGCAGAAUCUCAAGGACUUCAAAAUCAAUUCCAGGCAACUCUUGCAGAAAAAGAGCAACAGAUUGCAGAAUUACAGAGAGUGCAUCAUGAAGUAAUAUCUCAGGGAUCUAUAUCUGCUGGUAGCAAUUAUCCAGCUAAGGGAUUAGAGACUGUUGCUCUUGUUGGAAGCACAGACCUCCCAGAUCAAGUGAAACAGUUGCUGGCUGAGAAGAGCCGGCUUCAAAAUGAACUCCAACGCUGCCUUCAGGAGAUGCACCAAAGAGAGCUACACUUCCAGCAGAUUAAUUCAAAGGCAAUGCAGUCAGUAGAAGAAAAAAAUAUAUUGACUACACAGCUAAAAACAGUGUCCCAGACUUUGCGGGAUAGUCAACUCCAUUAUGCUGAUCUGCAGAAUUGUUACUUGCAGCUUGAAAGAGAAUAUCAAGUACAAGUUUCUUCUGUUCAAGGUACUGCUCAGGAUGAACUACAGGCAGAGGUUCCUCCAGGCGCUCCCCAAGAAAGAGCUGCUGUUAUUGUUGAAAUUGACAAUAUGGAGCUUGAUAAACUCAGGAAAAGGCUUGCAGAUAUGGAAGCACAACACGAUUCAGCACAACGAACUGUUUUGCAACUAACGGAAGCAUUGUCCGAAGAGAGGAACAAGCGGCAAAUUGCAGAAGAGGCCUUGGGACUUUCUGAGGAACAAAUAAAAAGGUCGACGCCUAGGGAUUAUAGUAUCCAGAUGCAGUCUGAUGAGGAAAGGGAAGCCCUGAUUAUCAACACAAGUGAACAUAUUAUAGUACGAAAGGUGAAAGGAGGAGCCCUUUCUUUCAAGAGAUGGAUUCGGGGGAGAAGCCUUUACUGCUCCAAGUUGCUAACCUCAAGGGCAAAAUCUCGCUAUCUCUUUCUCAGUUAUUUGGUGAUUCUACAUCUUCUUGUUCUCUUGUGCCUAACAGGCAUCUUAUAAAUGCACUGAACUUACUGUGUGAACUAUUUUCCUUAAAAAUAAUGGUGUGCCAAUUUGAGAUGAUGGACUUCUCACAAGCUGCUGUUACGCUAUGCACUGGACACAAUUGUAUAUACUCUUAGUAUAUGUAGGUUUUGAACUUCUUUCUUAAGAAGUUUUAAAUGUACAUCACACUUGCUCCAAAGUUUCCUGAGUUGCUCUUUAACAAUGGAAUAUUAUAUUUGCUAAGAAAAAGAUGUUGUCCUAUCAAAACACUAUUAAGAAGCUGCUGUAAUUGGGUUGUUUAAUAUUCUUUGGGAAGAUGUAAAGGUUGAAUGGGUUGUAAAUGAUAUCUUUUCUAUAUAAAUUUAUUUUAACAGAGUUGAACUAUAAAUUUUGCGGGGAACUAUUCUCCACUAUUGGGUUUCUUGACUUCUUGAUUAUAACAAGAAGUGCACGGAGUGCAAUACAGGGCAGUAGGGGAAGCUGGAAUCAUUUAAAUAAAAUCUUAAGAACUGAA